CCCCGCCCCCCGAGAGCCGAGGGCUGUCGGCAGCCGAGGUCUGUCAGCGCGCAUCUCCUUACCGGCUUGUUUCCUACCAUGCCGCUGUACGAGGGCCUGGGGAGCGGCGGAGAGAAAACGGCGGUCGUGAUAGACCUGGGAGAGGCUUUUACCAAGUGUGGAUUUGCUGGAGAAACUGGUCCAAGAUGCAUAAUUCCUAGUGUGAUAAAAAAAGCUGGCAUGCCUAAGCCUAUUCAAGUUGUACAAUAUAAUAUCAAUACAGAAGAAUUGUAUUCCUACCUAAAGGAAUUCAUCCACAUACUGUAUUUCAGGCAUCUAUUGGUGAAUCCCAGAGACCGCAGAGUUGUGGUUAUUGAGUCGGUAUUAUGUCCUUCCCACUUCAGAGAGACACUCACUCGUGUUCUUUUCAAGUAUUUUGAGGUUCCAUCUGUCUUGCUUGCUCCAAGUCAUCUAAUGGCUCUUCUUACACUUGGGAUAAACUCUGCCAUGGUCCUGGAUUGUGGAUAUAGGGAAAGCCUGGUGUUACCUAUAUAUGAAGGAAUCCCAGUACUAAAUUGUUGGGGAGCGCUCCCCCUAGGAGGAAAAGCUCUUCACAAGGAGUUGGAAACUCAACUAUUGGAACAAUGUACUGUUGACACAAGUGCUGCUAAAGAACAGAGCCUUCCCUCUGUGAUGGGUUCAAUUCCAGAAGGUAUCUUGGAGGACAUUAAAGUGCGCACUUGCUUUGUUAGUGAUCUGAAGCGUGGACUAAAAAUCCAAGAAGCAAAAUUUAAUAUUGAUGGGAAUACUGAGCGUCCCUCACCACCCCCAAAUGUUGACUACCCAUUAGAUGGAGAGAAGAUUUUACAUGUCCUUGGAUCAAUCAGAGAUUCGGUUGUGGAAAUCCUUUUUGAACAAGAUAAUGAAGAGAAAUCAGUUGCCACUUUAAUAUUGGAUUCCCUUAUGCAGUGCCCAAUAGACACCAGGAAGCAACUAGCAGAGAAUUUGGUAGUCAUAGGUGGCACGUCUAUGUUGCCAGGAUUCCUCCACAGACUACUUGCAGAAAUAAGGUAUUUGGUAGAAAAACCAAAAUAUAAAAAAACACUUGGCACCAAGACAUUCCGAAUUCAUACUCCACCUGCAAAGGCUAAUUGUGUAGCCUGGUUGGGAGGAGCUGUUUUUGGAGCACUGCAAGACAUACUUGGGAGCCGUUCAGUCUCAAAGGAAUAUUAUAACCAGACAGGCCGUAUACCUGAUUGGUGUUCUCUUAAUAACCCACCUUUGGAAAUGAUGUUUGAUGUCGGGAAGGCUCAACCACCUCUGAUGAAGAGAGCAUUUUCCACUGAGAAAUGAAAGUUUGAUUAAAAUUCAACUUUGCUUCAUUUCAAAUAUCUCAUCAAUUACAAGCAAACUGUACAAAGUAUAUAGGAUGGUGUUAGAGAAGACUUUAGUAGAAGUGAAAGCGUUUCUGUAAUUAUACUUCACAUUAGUAUUUAAUCAUUUUGCCUUUGGUGUAAUGGUAGAAUGGUAGCUGAUACUUAUUGAAAUUAGUUGUAUUUAUAUCAAUAAAAUAUAGUAAAGCAGUUAAUUUUGGAAGUUUGUUACAUAGUUCAUUUUUCAAAAAGAAUAAAAACAUUGUCCCUCCACAAUUCACAUAAUCUGUCCUGGGCAUUGGAGACUUCAUUAAUUUCAUUGUGUUCAACAAUUAUUUUAUUUAAAGAAUAAUGUUACCAUUUCCAGUUAUUUCAAAUAUUAACAUGGGUCUAUGUCUUAAAAUCCUUUUGUUUUGGUGUUUGUGUCCAUGUUAUAAUAAUGCUACUUUUGGGCUGAGAAUGUUGGGUAGCAUAGUUAAGCAUUUGGUAAGGAAAAUGGGGAAAUGUUCACUUUUUAACUUUACAGUUUAUUUUAUGAAUUUCUAAGAAAAAAGAUAUUUCAUUUUUAUGCGGAGAUACUCAUUUUAUGCAUUUUUAUGAAACUGCUUUAUAAACAUGUAUUCAUAAUGUCUUUAAUCUUCUCUUUUGUGCUUUUUAUCUUCUAAGGCAGGGGUUCUUUGCAAUAUGUACUCAGUCAUUAUUUAAUUUUUAUUUUUGUUUGUUUUUCUUCCUUUGUUUUUAAUGAACUGCCUCUUACUAGAAUUUUGCUGGUUUCAUUCUUUCUAAGUACCUGUGAAGAUGGGAAAUAUAUGCAUAUGUAUGCUCAUAGUCCUGAAGACCGAGUAUGAAUUUAUACAUUUUCUAGACUAUAUAUCCGAAGUCCAUUUUUACUCAUAGUUUAAUCAUUUUGAUUGUCCUUUUUCUGGAUCCUUCCUACUUUUGCUAUAUGCUUUAUGUAUGAAGAUACCAACACCAAGUCACACUUGAAAGAGCUGGUUCCUGGCAUUAAGAAUAGGAAAGGAUUGGGGCUUCCCUGGUGGCGCAGUGGUUGAGAAUCUGCCUGCCAAUGCAGGGGACACGGGUUCGAGCCCUGGUCUGGGAAGAUCCCACAUGCUGCGGAACAACUAAGCCUGUACACCACAACUACUGAGCCUGGGCUCUAGAACCCACGAGCCACAACUGCUGAAGCCUGUGCACCUAGAGCCCGUGCUCCGCAAUAAGAGAAGCCACCGCGAUAAGAAGCCCAGGCACCACAACAAAGAGUAGCCCCCGCUCGCCACAACUAGAGAAAGCCCGUGCGCAGUAACGAAGACCCAACG